AUGAUAACCGAUGGCUUCCUACAUUGGACACUUGACUCUGCCCAGAAGUUCAGUAUCCCAAGGCUUGUUUUCUAUGGUACAGGCAUUUAUGCCACGACUUUGGUUCAAGUUGUAGGCCCGACUUCUCUGCUCCAACGAGGAAAAUCAGACACUGAAGAAAUCAGUUUUCCUGGGGAUGAUUUUCCAUGGAUCAAGUUCACAAGAAAUGACUUUGACCCAAAAAUUGCCUAUCCAGAACGUGAUACUGAGUACUUCCAACUUGUCUUGGAGCAUGGCAGAGCAACAAUGCAUAGCUAUGGCCUUCUCGUCAACAGCUUCUACGAGCUUGAGUCCAUUUUCCUGGACUAUUGGAACAAAAAAUGUGUCCCCAGAGCAUGGUCAAUUGGACCUCUCUGCCUAGCUGCCCAGCCGUCAAAAGCAGCCGGCCAGAAACCUUCGUGGAUUCAGUGGCUAGACGAAAAACUACCACAGAAGAAUCCUGUUUUAUACAUUUCGUUUGGAUCACAGGCAGAGAUAUCUAAGGAGCAAUUGGAGGAGGUUAAAAUCGCAUUGGAGAAAUCAGGAGUGAACUUUCUGUGGAUAGUUAGAGGAAAUGAUCAGUCAGACUCGAGUGAUGGUUUUGAAAACAGAGUCAAAGACCGGGGAAUAGUAGUAAAAGAGUGGAUUGAUCAGAGACAAAUUCUUGAUCACAAAAGUGUUCAGGGAUUUCUAAGUCACUGUGGAUGGAACUCCACCAGGGUGAAGACUUGUGACGGGACCUUGAAUGGUUUGGUUAAAUGGGAGACUUUGAAAAUGGCUGUAAAAGAAUUGAUGGAAGAAGAGUCUGGAAAAGAGGUGAGGAAGAAUGCGAAGGAAGUUGGUGAAAUUGCCAUCAAAGCUAUGGAAGAGGGUGGAUCAUCUAGGAGCUCAUUGAGUCAGGUCAUGAAUGAGUUGUCAGAUUUGCAGGCAAAAAGAAUUGCAUGA